AUGGCUGAUAUUGAGCCUCUUCGUACAUGUUCUUGCGACAGAAACGAGGAUGAUCAUCAAGCGCCCGAGAGCCAAGUUACAUCUGUGCAUCAAGCUGUCGUCGAAGAUAAUUUUGAGCUCCUCGAAGUGCUGAUUCGGGAUGGAGCCGACAUUUCUACUACAAUUUCCUCCCGGGGGAAUGAGGCAGCCACACGACUUCUGAUUCACGCCGGAGCGAAUGUUUCUGCGCCCAGUUAUGACGGCGUGACACCAUUGCACAAUGCAGCUGCUGGGGAUUCGGUCGCGGUGACUGAAUUACUCGUCAAGUCUGGGGCUGAAAUCAACGCACGGAAUAUCGAUCACGAAACACCAUUGCAUGUAGUGGCCUUGUUUGGGAACCAACAAAUUGCAAAGCUCCUGAUUGAUGUUGGAUCCGAUAUCUCAGAAACAGAGUGCUACCGGAACACAGCGCUGCACAUUGCUGCCGAUCAUGAGCAUCUCGAGAUAGUUCAAUCUCUUCUUGAGGCUGGAGCGGACGUGAAUGCUAUUAACAACAAUGGAGAUCCCGUGCUACAUCAUGCAGGCAGAGAUGAUCCAACCUGCGUUAAUCUGCUUCUCAGCCAUGCUGAAAGCUCCGCGGAGCUAGUGCGUGUCGCUCUUGGAGCCGAUGCCAACGUCGAGGCAACCAACGAUGAAGGAAAAACCCCAUUGCAUUCUGCAGCUGCGUAUGGCGAAAAGCAAUCAAUCCGACUUAUACUCGAUGCCGGUGCGAAUGUGAAUGCAACCACCAAAAUUGGCGAGACCGCAUUGCACCUAAUUGCUGGAGAUUCUUCAACAGAUGAAUCUGAUGAGAAAGCAAGGCUACUCAUUGAUGCUGGUGCCGACAUCAACGCGAGGACUGUAUCGGGACAAAGCGCCCUUGAUCUUGCGAAAGACAGCGAAUGCUACGCAGUUAUACAAGUACUAUGCGAAAGAUAG